AUGACUUUUCACAACCCAGGCCGAAGCCGCGAUGAAAUUACCCCAUUGCCAGACAUACCCAGGUCAAAUCAGUCCUUAGGCCUACCCGCACCGUCUGGGCAAGAUAGUGCAUCUCAAUCUCACAUCAGGCCUCAGACCCAACGUCAACCAUCAUCUAUCCGCAUAAGACGAUUGCCACCCUCAGCUGUGGUGCCUCAGAUCAAUGUGGAACAUGCUGACGAUAUCAAUGCCCGUGAUCAUGGCAGGAAGGUCGGACGCCGGCGUAGCAGCUCGGAGCCGCAGCGGAUACGACCCCUUACAGGACUACUCAAUGAACUUGAAAGCUCGCGUAUGCCAUCUGUAAGGGAGGAUAUAGCUGAGUUACGUGCCUCUACACCCCGGCCGUCGAAUCAAGAUGCAAUCACGCCUGGAAGAGUACGAAGUGCUAGCAUAUCUGCACGUUCUGCUCUUGGCUUGAAACGCGUAAAUACUGAGCGAAAUCCGUCUUUGAGUCAUCCUCACAGCGAGUAUGAGUCAGGGGUCGUUGAUCUGCUUGACGUAGUGGACCCUGAAGUUGCAACCCUUUCGACCCUCACGAACGUGCAGAAUUCUCUUUUCGUUCCGGAUCUGGGCAGGUUUCUGAAUCGGCAGCCAACCUACGAACUUACCCGGCGCCCUGCAGAUGCAUUAGAGACGGGUGCGUCCAAUGCUGACACCGGACCAUUCUCUCGAAUUACUACCAGUCGGAAGGAGGACCAGCAGGCCGAAGAAUCCCAAUCAGGAACCCGUCAUAUACCUACACGCAGCCCCAGCAUAUCUUCUAGUCUCCGCGAAACGAACUAUGCAGUACUACCCCACAAUGUCUCACUCGAUGGCUGGAGCGAAGAGGACAAAGAUCGAUUGAACGACUAUGUGAGGCACAUGCUGCAUUCUCGUCGAUCCAGGUUCAGACGAGGACUGAGAGGGUUUGGCAAGUAUCUUCGACGACCACUCGGAUUCUUCGUGACCCUGUACGCUGUCCUGAUCACGCUCUUCGGUCUCGCAUGGGUGCUCUUCCUGAUUGGGUGGAUCUAUGUCGGCGAGCGCCAACCGUACAUCAUCCACGUCAUCGACAGUGUCUUGGUUGCUUUGUUCGCACUGAAUGGUGAUGUUCUAGCACCUUUUCGAGCACGUGAUACAUAUCACAUGGUUUACAUUGCUUAUUAUCAUCGGUUGACAUUGCGCCUGCGACGCGAACGAGCAUUACCCAAACUACAGAACGAAAAUGACCUUCCGACUGGUCUUUCGAAAGAGGGAGAUCUCGAGUCCGCAUCCAAUGACGUGGAGGGCAUCCUCGUCCUCACCCCAAAACAAGACGAGAAAUUGAGAUAUCAUCAGAACAAAUUUGCCAAGUCACAUUCGUUCUACAGACCUCACGAAACGAUCACUCACACAGCCUUCCCAUUGCGCCUACUCAUAGCAGUCGUCAUCUUGCUAGAUUUUCACUCAUGCUUUCAAAUCGCGCUGGGUGCUUGUACCUGGGGCAUCAGCUACCAUGUACGUCCUCAAGCACUGACGGCCGUCAUUCUCUCUUUGUCGAUCAGCUGUAACAUUGCAGGUGGAAUCACCAUUUCUGUCGGCGACCGCAUGACACGGAAGAAAGAAGUUAUCACACGACUGGCGCGACAAGCUCUGACUGAAGAAGCAAUGAAGAAGGUUAAGUCAGACUUAGCCAUGAAUACCUUGAAAAACAAAAAGGAAGGGGACCCGGGUCAACCGAUAAAACAGAAUUUCGCUCGACCUCUAUCGGGAUAA